UCUGGAUGAAGCCGCCGUCAGAAUGCGGGCGCCGAGGCCUGCGCAUGCGCAGUGGGGCGCCUGCGUAGGCUGCAGGAGAACGGAAGGUCGGCGUUGAGGGGGAAAAUAAGUCGCCGCCGCCGGGAUGUGGUACGAAAUCCUCCCCUGCGCGACCGUGAUGUACGUGUGCUUGACCAUUCCUGGCAUCGCCACCGUCUUUAUCCACAGAUACACGAAUGGGGGCAAGGAGAAGAGAAUUGCUCGAUACCCUUAUCAGUGGCUCUUGAUGGAAAGGGACAGGCGUGUUUCGGGAACUAAUCGCUACUACGACUCAAAGGGUUUGGAGAACAUUGACUAAAAUCACAGUGUGAAAAGUCCUAUUAUCUGUUGAACCAGCUUAAUAAACAUAUUUGUCAAUGUUG